AUGACUGAAAAAAAGUGUGCAGAAAAUAACAUCGCCAUUCCACCAGUUAGGAAGAGAAAACCAUCUGUCCUUAUUGAUGAGGCAGCACAGUCUCAGUAUCACUAUCAAACAAAAGAGGAGCAGGAGAGGAUAACUUCAUUUUACCCACUACUGGAUUCAUUGAUAACUGGUAUUGACCAGCGAUUUGAGUCAUGUGAUAUUGUAACUGCAGUUGGAAAACUGCUAAGUUUGGAGAUACCUAAAGUUGACAUAGAAAUCCUUGCCAACAAACUAAAGGUGUCCGUGGAUUAA